UAAAAAAACCGAGACAAUGCCAAAGCUGUCAAAAUAAAUUUAUAAAAAUCUUGUAAAUAGAAAAUGAAGUUAUUUAUUUUAACUUUUCUACUCUAUUUCUUUAUAUCCCCUUCCAAUUUGCAACUUCUCAUCAAUGUCAGAAAUCAGGGCGGAGAUGUGGUACAGGAGAGCAUCACAGCCAACGUGUCAGACGACACGGUGACGCUGGAGUUCCUGCGGAUGGACGGCGUCUUCGUCUCGCAGCUCGUCGACUUCGCUAAUGAAGUGGAGGCUAUGAAGGUGGUGAUCCCAGCAGAAGAGGAGCUGGGGCAGACUGGUACACAGACCUUGUGCUUCCUGACACAUGCUGCUCAGGCAGACUUCAUUGCUCCUGAUGCCAUGGCCAAGCUGAGACAGAAAAAUCCAGGCACAGUCAGAGUAGCAGAGGAAGUCCGAGGCUGGAGGCAGACCACAGCAACAGCUUCAGGCGCACGUGCUGUGGCGUUGCUGUCCGCGCCGGCUGCUCGGCACUGCACACAGGCCAAGGACAAGGUCUACCUCCGUCAGGCUGAUCUGGCGCGCUGGGCGCCCAGACCUGGUCUAGAUCAAUCGUCGUACAGUAGUCUAGUGACGCCGUUUCCGGAGCGCGCCCUGGACGCGGACGGGGCUGCGCUGCCGCCGUGUGUGAGCGAGACGGACAGGGGGAAAGAGUGCAUCUGUCACAUGGAGGUCUGUGUUAAUUGGUAUCCUUGUGGUCUUAAGUACUGCAAAGGCAAGCCACAAGGAGGUUUAAGCUAUCGCUGCGGCAUCAAAACCUGCCACCGCUGUUACCGCUACCAUUUCUAUGUGCAGUUCCGGCACAACUGUUACAACUACACGUGACCCUACGCCCCGCCUCCGCGCCAAACGUAUCUAGUCGCUUCUACAAUUAUUCUUAGCUCUAUUUUUAUAAUCUCAGUUUUGUAAUGUGAAUAUUUACUU